AUGUAAAUUAAUUUUCUAGGUCAUUGUCAGAGAAUAAAACGAAAAAAAUUGUUUUUUCAUGAGACUAAUUUUUCUAAUGAGAAUCAUGUUCAGAAGUCAGUACAAAAUGUAGAAAAUAAAUUGCACGGAAAUAGUGUGGAGUAUUGUGUUUCCAUUAGCUCAGAUGUACAAAAAUGUAACUAUAACCCUACUGAUGCUGCUUUAACUGCAGGAUUAAUUAGACCAUUAAGCCCUGAAAUAUUUUCUGAUGAAGAUAGCAAAGUCAAAUUAGAACUACAAAAUUUGAAAGACGAAAUAAUUUGUUCUCAAGAUUCAUCUGUUAAUAUUUCCUUUGAGGAUGAAGAAGAACAGCUUUCAGUCAAAGCAUUUUGUGAAGCUUCUGAUCCAACAAAUACCAUCAGUAAAGAUAAUGAAGGUAGUUUAGAUGAUAAUGGCAUUAAAGAAGAAAUAAUUUGUUCUCAAGAUUCUCUAGACUCUUCAAUUAAAAAUAAAAAGUGUACUAGUCAAUCUACUAAGUUAAAUGAGAUUUUAGGUUUUACUAAAAUACUACAAGAGGAAGGCCACGAAGGUAAUUUAGAUGACUCUGUUAUUAAAGAAGAAAUACUUUGUUCGCAAGAUUCUCUUCUGGACAUCUCAAUUAAAAAUAACAAAUACAUCAUUGAAUCUACUAAAUUUAAUGAACUUUUGGGUCCUAUUAAUAUAUUUCAAGAGAAAGAUGAAGAAGAUAAGAUGUCAAAUAGUGAUGUCCAUAAAGAAGAAAUCAUUUGUUCUCAGGAUUCUGCGAACUAUUGUUAUCAGAAUUAUGAGAAAGAAUAUGAAUCUGAUCAAUCUUCUAGUCCUAAAACAUUACUAUGUUAUGAAGAUAACAAAGAUAAUUCGGAUUUUGAUAAAAGUAAUGAAGACAUAAUUUAUUCUCAGGAUUCUGAUAUAAAAAUAUCUGAGAGUGACAGUAAUCAUUUUUCCAAUGCAUUUGAAAAUCCAAAUAUCUCUUUAAGUCCUUCAAAAAUUUCUGUUAAAGAAGGGAAGCGAGCAGCAACUAUUGACUUUGAUGUUUCAGAAAUUGAUGAAAGUUCUGAAAGAGAUCCACUCGUAACUUUGGCUUCAACUACUAAUUCAUUGCAGAUAACAACUACAGUUGAAAAAAGAGAAGCGGUGAGGUAUUCAAAUGAAAAUAAACAAAAAUGUAAUGAUCCAAUUGGUUCUCCGACUAGUGACAAUCAUAUUAUUAGUCAAACAGAGCUUCAUGAUCCAAAUUCAGAGUUUCUUAUAAAAGCACCUAAGAAGGGAACAUUGUUGCAAAGAGCUUAUCAUAUCAUAUCUGAUUUAAAAAAAGAAGCAAAUUUAUUAUCUUAUGAAAUACAGGUUGGCUUGAGGGCAUCAAAAGGAGCAUUUGUUUCUGAACCAUUGAUUAUUCAGGAUAUUUACUUUGAAGAAAAGAAUUAUAUUAUCUCAUGUAAACCAAAAAAUAUUGAAGUAAUGAUUAAUGAGGGCAAUUUUAAAGGAAGCAUUUAUUUGAUUAUUUCAAAUCUAACCAUGGAUAUGAGGAUUAACAGUGUUAUAGUCAUCCAUUUCCCGUUGGUAGCUUUGCUUGGAUUACCUGUGAUGAGGGUUAUUCUAUUUGCUGAAAAUAGGAUCCAGGUAAUUUCUUCUAACAGAGUAACAGGUUCUAUAGAUAUAAAUUUACCAAAUUUAAUCAUUGGACCAAGAGAUCAAAAAAUUAUGCAUAUAAUAAAGAAAAAAACUUCAAAAACAGUCAUUGAUGCAAUAAUUGACCAAUUAUUUGGAAAGUUCUGCUCAUUAGAACUUAAAUUGUUGCAUAUAUACAAACAAAGGACUGUUACUCAUACAGCUGUCGAACUUUUGACUGUUGACACAGAGAAUCAAUUUUGCUUGGUUAAAGAUUCUGAAUAUGGUUUUCUGAAAGAUAUAAAUUUAAAAGUGAAUAACUCAUACUUAUUUGUUGGAUUUACAUUAAUGUGUUCUAGGGUAAAAAACGAAGUCAGAAGUGCAGCAGAGUAUUACUCUUCAUUAAAGUUUACUAAUAAUUUUAUUUAUGUUGUGGAACCCUGUACCAAUUCUUGGAAAAUAAACCAUUUAUCCAGUGCAGCUGAGAAAACUAAAAAUUACACAUCACUAAAUUCUGUUAUUAGAAACAAAACGAAUCAUGAGAGGUUUAAGUUUCUUCUUAAAGAUUACAAAGUUUUUGAGAAUAAAAUUUUAAUCAGGGAUGAAUCUUUUUCUGAAAUAGCAGAACUUCAGUUUGAUGAACAAUGUUGCGAACAUAAAAUGAAACUUAUGUCUCUUUCCAUGCCUGUUGUUCUUUGUGGAAUAUACUUUUUAAAUGGUUGUCUGUAUUAUGAUAAAUAUAGUCAAUUAAUAGUUUUGUGAAGAAAUAUAUGAUAACAAUGAGUACAUUUAAACCUUCAUUGUUAAAAUAAUGAAUUAAUAGAAGAUGAAGAAAUAAAUUGGACUGUCAUACAUCUUUGGUUAAAAACUGAACAGUAAAUAAAUUACCUAUUGUGUAAUAUCCACAUAAAUUAUAGUAUUUGAAGUCUACAUAUUGUUGAAUAGGUGAGAAUUAACUUGAAAGCAUGACUUUAAUGAGUAAUUAAUUAAAAUUUUGUUAUUUUAUCGUGCAGUUGUUUUGUGAUAGAUUACACCACCUAUGCAUAUAACUUGUAUUAGCCUCUUUGGUUACAUGAUAAAUUGCACCACUUCAGCAUGUGAUUCAUGUUAGCCACUAAGGCAAAUUUAUAUGUAUAUAUAUUUAUAUUUAUUGUAAAUUAAAUUAUUAUAAUUGUUCCUUUUUUUUAUUAUUUAUGUUUAUGUUAAUUGGAUUAUUUUUAUGUCCAGUGGCUAUCUAUGAAGUAACGUCCAGAAGAAAUAUAGUUGUUGAUUAUUAUAUUGUGUGUUGUAGCAUAAAAAAAAACAUUGUAUGUUAAGGAUUUCUAGUUAUUUCAGUAAAAUAGUUAGUAGUGUUCCCUUAAAUGAUUAAAAGUUUAUUUUUUAAUAAAUGAAUACUGCCAGUUAAUCAUUACUGUUGCUAUAUGUGAUGCAUAAUCUUUGUCUCAUGUUAUGUUUGAAAAUUCUACAAAAAGUUAAAUAAAUCUUGUGAUUAUUUUUUAAA